CGAUCAUUUUUUUAUGAGGACUUUUUCUUCUAAUCACAUCAAGUUCAAGUACUAGACUUAGACACACUCACGUUGAACGUGGUUUUAGAUGGCCUGUUUGUCACGAAACGGGUGGUAUUUUCCGACCUGCCUUGUUGGUGCUAGAGGCGCCUGGUGGUGUUGCGAAGAUGUCUCGUGGUGCGCUUGACUUCGAGCACCCUGCGCCUCAUCUGAUGUACGGCGAUUAGCGGAACGCCAGCUACUAAACGGUCGUGGUCAACAACUUCAUUUUUGGCUUUUGUUGGUUCGACGGGGAAUCAAUUUGAGCAGCCAAUAAUAGGAGAAACUUCGCUGGUUGCUCCAAGUAGAACUUGAAAGAAGCUUCGGCUGACCGAAGAACUCGAACAAGGGUAUAAAUAUAUAUAGUCCAAGAUGGGCGGGGAGCGACACACGCUGGUGCUAGCGGUGGAGCUGUCCGCGAAUCUGAUGCGGGCAGAAUGCACUGCUGCGCAACUGGAGCAAGAGCUGAUACCAUUCGUUCUUUCGCGGACGACUCAGGAAGCGGAUUUGCUGCAGCAGUACGUUCCCGGAUCCCGUCCAACUGCGACCAGACAGCGAGCACAAAAGCAACAAAAACUAAAGCAGCUCACGGGCCAACUACUGGCAGAGGUGUAGAUGAACAUGCACCUCCUCCUAGUGGUCAUGCUAUAAACAAAGAACAAGAGAUAUUUGAUGUAGUUGCUCUUGUUUUCGUAUAAGGCAAAUUCUACUAUUUUUUCAAUGGUUUUUAUUUUUUCAAACAAGUAUGUCUUAGUCCACUUCUAUUAUCAGGCAACGAGGAACCGCAACUGGAAGUGCUAAGACGAGUCUACUUGCUAUGGAACCUAGACUUAUACAUAGAAAGCAAGAAGACUUAAUAUGGCUCUUGUUCUACCACGACGACCUCUACGAUAACAACAUCCACUGCAGGUCGGCGCAGAGGGAGCGACGUUUCAGCGUUUUCUGCGGAAGAAAUACGGGUGUCGCAUGGAAUGGGUUGUAGAUGUAAUCCGACGGUUGGAACAGGAGGAUGCUCGGUCAGUGCAGGAUGUCCAGCUUGUGUUCUUUCUCAGUGGUCUCCAGACAGCAACUACCUCUAGUACCUCGUCACAAAUAAAUUGUUCCUCGGCACCUCCAGAAGGAGCAUCAGCAUCUACAAUCUCGCGGCUUACUGCUCUUUCCAACGGAAGAACUCCAAGUUGUACGUCGUCCACAUCCUACGCGUCGUCGGAAGUGCUGGAUACGACGCGCACAGGAGAGCUCUUCGAGCGUGCAUCGUCCUGUGAUGUGGCUCCUCAACAGCUUGAUGCACAUACUAUGCGGAUCGACAAAGUCGACGCAGCGCAAAUCGAGGCGCACCUUGCGACAGCCCAGGCCUCUAUCGGCAGCACAGGUGCGCCGAAGCCUUUGUGGACGGCGCUGCAGCACAUGUCUUGUAUCACAGCAAGAAAUGUUGACCACAGCGGGGGGAAGAUGCUGAAGUUUUUAAGGCCCAACAAAGUCAUGCAUUUGAUUUCCAAUGGCCAUUUAUUUUCUUCGGUUUGUUCCUUCUUGGGAAGAUUCCGAAGAAAUGAUCCAAGAACUCCUGAAUUGUUUUGAGCUCCAAUGAAGCACAACAAGAGGAAUAUCACGCCCACCGGCAGGACGACGAAGGCUAAAGUGAACCCGUAUGCGUUGAACACAGCACAUCACCACUCAGCAGGUCGUGGAGAACAAGAGGAUAACCAGCCAAGGCUGCUCAUUAUCAGCACCCAGGGCAGAAGUACAUGUCUGGACCCCGAGCGGCUAUCCCUUGGCGCGCAUUUCGUUCAGACCUACUUUUCUUCCGUGUCCGUCCUCGUACUUGAGCCAGAGGAGACCUCAUUUGGAAGCGAACGGUAUGAUCUACUUGUGAUCUGCAUUGAAUUAGUUUUAUAGCUUGUGUAGUUCAUUACCACGACCCUUGUGCCUACUUAGUUGCCACCCGCCAUUGGUUUUAGCUAUCCCUUGUCCUACUUAGUUGAUCGCAAAAGUGUAGCUCCUCCACCUUGCUCUUGUUAUCAUGAAAGUAGAAUUUUGGCUUGUUCAUGUUCAGGUUGCAGUCUUUGGAGCGUUUUACAGAAAAACUGGGUGGCAUGUGCCUUCAUGUUCGAUCGCGUGAGGAAAUCAGUGAUAUGAUUCCCUGCUUAAGGAUGUUCUUGAUGCAUGGAAACACGUCGCUGAUUAAUGAGAGGAAGCGGUACUACGUGCUCAAACAGCAACAGCGCCUUCUUCCCACCUCACCAAGACGAAUGCAGUCGACCAUCGCUGAGCUUGUACAAGACUACCUUAUGUUAUCUUCAGGAGGAGACCAUGAUGAGUUGGAGUUAGUGGAUUAUUAUGAGGGUACAACUUCAAGAAC